ACCAGCGUUCAGUCUGAGUCGCAGAUCCCACACACUAUGUUGAGGUGACGGAUACGGAUACGGAAUCGUCGGAGUGCGCGGCCUUUUAAAGCUGAAAAUGAAACUGAAUCGGAAUUUCUUUUCGCGUAUUCGUUCGCAUUCUUCCCGCUUUCGAGUGCCAAAUAUUUGACGAAACAAAAAUACAAAAAGUGGAAUGAAAUAUAAAUUUUAGCGCACUGUUUUUGGUGAUACAAAAUCCUAGGGGAAAAUAAUAAUAUUUAUAACACACUUCAGUUAUAUCUGUGAAUUCGUUUAUUUCCGUUGGCCAUGUGCAAAAAUUAUGUUGGCUGACGUAAAAGAGUUGCAAGACGAUAGUAAAAUUCAACUGAUAAGUUUUCGUCUUAUCAAUUCUCUUUGUUUGUGUUUGUGUCGAUAGUGAAAAAAAAUAAGAAAAAUAAAGAAAUCAGGCUGCAAAAAAACAAUAAAAUUCUGCUAGAAGCUGCGAAGUGGAAACAAAGCGCAAUAAGUUGGAAGGAAAUCAGCCAUUUGAAUCAUCGGAAUAUUCCAUUUAGCCGGCAUGGAGGCGCACGUCUGAUUGCCACAAUCCGAGCGCACUUAAAAAGUGAAACUCGUUCCCAGGAAGUGAGCAGUUGUGUGAGAAGGAUGGCAUCGCUCCACCAAAAGCGUCCCAGCAUUAGUAACUGGUUCUCCUCGCUUCGCCGACAGCCCAAAAACAAGAAGAGCUCCGCCGGCUUGGGAGGCAGUGGAAGUUUUGGCAGCAAACAGCAGUUGCAGAGGAGCUGCUUUGACCUUUCCUCGACGGCGGUGGGUGGCGCAGUGAAUGUUGGUGUGGGUGUGGGAUAUUCCGGGGCCGGAUCGCCGGGAAGUCGACUAAGCAAUAGUACGUUUUACAUCAACCCUUUGAACGUAUCGUCCGCUGGUGUCAAGGACGAUCGUCGUCGCCUGGUGGAUACGGGUAGCAGUAGCGGAAGUAGCUUGAGCAGCGUUUGCACUCGCUGCUUUUGCAAUCUGCUCGCGAAAGCCGAGCCAAGCAAAGAUUCCAAGCCCCAGGCAACGCCCACGUCCGCCCCAAAGGUUACGCAGAAGCCGCCCGCCAAACCACGGUCCCCUUCGCUGGCGCCUUACACCAGCGUGGCCACAUACAAUAUUACAAACCUCUCGCCAGACAGCCCACCGCCCGCCAGUCCCUCAUUCAGCACCGAAACCGUGAGCUAAGAUGUGACCCACAAGGUCACUGAGGUGCAACGCCUGCCCAGCGAUGAGCCCAACACGGAGCUCUUCAGCAAACGAACUGAGUACAAGCACACCACCACCACGACGACCACAAGGACCCUGAUUGUUUCGCGACCCGUGGAACUGCUAUUGAAUGAGAAGGGAGAAAUCAUCUCAAGGCGGUCGCCGCGCAAAACGCGCUCCAACUCCUUCGGUUGCAUGCUGGAUGUGGACAGUCAAUCGGAAAGGGGAAUGGACAAUCCCGGAAUGCAGCUGGAAACGGAUCCCAGUUCGGGGCUCAGUUCGCCGCUGACACCCGACGCCGGGGAUCUGCGCUUCAUCGACGACAGCUCCAACUCGCAGAGCGAUUCCGAGCGAAACUCGAUCAGCCAAAACAACAACAACAACAAUGUGAACCACAAUAACAACAACAGCAAUGGCAGCAGCAAGCGGAGCAGCCAGCAGUCGAAUCUCUGCGAGAGUUGUCGCACGCUUCUCGAGCGGAACCGCAGCAAUGCGGAGCAGUGUGGCAAUCUAGUGAUCCUCAGGCGACCGGGAAAGCAAAUCAAAGAUGAAUUGUGCGAGGUCGUCUCAGAAAUGGAGGCGCUCGAUGUGCCCGAAGACUGCAAGCAUUCCAAUAAGGAUAAACAGAUGUCCAUUGGCCGCAAAAAGUUCAAUAUGGACCCAAAGAAAGGCAUUGAGUAUCUCGUAGAGAACAGACUGCUGCGUCACGACCCCCAGGAUGUGGCGCAUUUCCUCUACAAGGGCGAGGGACUAAAUAAAACGGCCAUUGGCGAUUACCUUGGCGAAAAGAACGAUUUUAAUGAGGAUGUGCUAAAGUCCUUUGUGGCGCUCCACGAUUUCACAAAUCUCAUUCUGGUGCAAGCCCUCAGACAAUUUCUGUGGUCGUUUCGCUUGCCCGGCGAGGCACAAAAGAUCGAUCGUAUGAUGGAAACCUUCGCCCAGCGCUAUUGCCAACUGAAUCCGGAUAUAUUUACCAACACGGAUACCUGCUAUGUGCUCAGCUUCGCUAUUAUAAUGCUCAAUACAUCACUGCACAACCCAUCAGUCAAAGACAAACCCACCGUUGAGCAAUUCAUAUCGAUGAAUCGUGGCAUAAACAACGGCGGAGAUUUGCCCCGAGGCCUGCUGGAGUCCCUCUACGAGUCCAUUCGAACGGAGCCAUUCAAAAUACCCCAGGACGAUGGCAAUGAUCUGAUGCACACCUUCUUCAAUCCCGACAAGGAGGGCUGGCUGUGGAAGCAAGGCGGCAGAUACAAAUCUUGGAAACGACGUUGGUUCAUUUUGAACGACAAUUGCCUAUACUAUUUUGAAUACACCACCGAUAAGGAGCCGCGCGGCAUUAUACCAUUGGAGAACAUAUCGGUGCGCGAGAUUCACGAUCGCAGCAAACCGCACUGCUUUGAGCUGUUCGCCACGGGCGGUGCCGACAUCAUCAAGGCAUGCAAGACUGACUCCGAGGGCAAGGUGGUGGAGGGCAAGCAUACGGUGUACCGCAUGUCCGCUGCCACGGAGGAAGACCAGCAGGAGUGGAUCAAGCGCCUGACGCAGUCCAUAAGCCACAAUCCCUUCUACGACAUCCUAGUACAAAGAAAGAAAAAGGCGCUCAGCAAGAGUUAAUAUUAAGUCGGAGCUCGGCGCAACUUUUGUCUUGGAUCUCAGUGAAAUUCUGCUACGCGUGUGUGGCUGCUCUCUCCCCCUAUUUAAACUAUUUAAACAUGUGCAUAUGCGUAUACAUAAGUUAUAUAAAUUAAUCGUUGUGUGCGUGUGAGAACUUCCAUGUUGAAUCAAUGCCUGUAAUUCGUUCACCUUGUGGUUUGCCCCUGUCCCCUAUAUUAUGUCUAAGUAUUCUGUUUGAUUGACUCGAAACAAGCCUUCACACGCCGACGCACUUCGAACCACAAACUUUGUCUCUAUUGUUGUGAUAUAAUUUAUUUACAUUAAUAAUUAACCAUAUAAAUGAUAUGAAAAUAAUUGAAAAUUGCAUGAAUAAGAAAUACACAUUUACACAUAUUUUCAUUAGUGCAAAUUUUUGUUUAGUAUCGUUAUAGGCGUAAGUCUACGAGUAUGUCUUCAAAUUAGAGUUUACCACCUAAGUUGUCCCACCACCCUCUUUUGUAGAAUUCCUUAGUGCUAUGAAACAUAUCCCAGGCGCCAAACGCUGUUGGAGCGCUGUAGUUUAUGUAUAUGAAUAUUUGAUGCAAAUGAAAACAGCAUAAAAGUGUUGCUUGGCAAUUAUUCUGAAACCAAUUACAUUAAUUUGGUGCAAACUAGAAAAGGCCUUUCUCAGAACUUAAAGCUCAUGCUAACAACGAAUGACAAUUAAAAUGUCUAACAAGUGUAACUGUCUAAUUAACAGAUCCAAUACAUAAAUGCAUUUACACUGAAAGCAGGUUUGUCAAAUAGAUUUUUGAAUAGGCAAACUAAGUUUAUAGUUAACCAAAGAUCUGAAUUAACCUAUUACAACAAAAUGCCAAUUUUCAACUUAAAUAAAAACUUUAUUUAUAAGUAUAAAAUAUGUUCUGUCAUCUGAAAAAUAUGUUGAAAAUGAAUUUCAAGUGGAUUUUGUUAACUUAAAUAGUGAGAAACGAGACAACCGCCAGAGUUAAAAUCACAUACAAUAAGUACGCUGAUAACAAAUGUGUAAGCAGAGAUUUAAGGCAGCUCUAAAAAGCAAUGAAAAAACUCGAAUGCCGACAUUAAUCUUAUGAAACCAAUAAGACGCUGCUAUAUGUAAAGGAAGAUUGUAUGUUGAACCUCUGUGAUACCAUUGAUGAGAAAUAGCUUCUAGCAGAUCCUAUGUGGUAUGUUUUGUUUCGAGACUGAGGGAUAAACUACAUCACAUUUAGCUGUCAUUUAACUUGCUUUGAAUGUCACUGUUUUCUGACAUCUUAGCAUAUAGUUUAAUUUUCCAAUUGGGAUUUCUUUUACAACAGCGGUCCCAAACAUUUUUGCAAUAUUAUAAAUAACUUAGCUAGCUCUGUAUCUAAAAUAAUGACUUUAAUUUCAAACCAAUAAGGAUGUAUUAUAUUUUACAUUACUUUUUAUCGAAUGUACAUACAUACAAAAUUAGUAAAAGUACAUUUAUUGGAUUAGGUUCAACAUGUUCUAGAUGGGCAGUAAAUUUAAUCGUUUACUGUAAAUACGUGCGUUAUAGCAUUUUUUAUUAACAGAAACUAAAAGUUUGUAUAUAUUGUCAGAACAACUAGAUGUUAAAUGAAUAAGUAUGCCAGUAAAUAAUAGUGUAGCUUAGUAUUUUGUAUUGCUUUAACAGAUAAUUAUA